AGUUUGUCUACACACAGCGUCGCGAAAGGAGUAGAGGAGAGGGGUACGAUUACUAAUCUGCUGUGAGGACUAACAUUAGACGGGGAAACCCCUGUUUUGGCUUGUCCAAUCUUGGAGUUAACUGUCAGGCGUAUAGUACUGAGGAAGAUCUACAGUCUCAAGAAAAAAUGAGUUUUUUAUUCGGAAGCCGGUCGUCGAAGACCUUCAAGCCGAAAAAGAACAUUCCAGAAGGCUCGCAUCAGUAUGAGUUGCUUAAGCACGCCGAGGCCACGCUGGGCAGCGGGAACCUGCGCAUGGCAGUUAUGCUGCCCGACGGAGAGGACCUGAACGAGUGGGUGGCUGUCAACACUGUGGACUUCUUCAACCAGAUCAACAUGCUGUAUGGAACCAUCACUGACUUUUGCACUCAGGACAGCUGUCCUCUCAUGUCUGCAGGGCCCAAGUACGAGUACCACUGGGCCGACGGAACCAACAUUAAAAAGCCCAUCAAGUGCUCCGCGCCCAAGUACAUCGACUACCUAAUGACCUGGGUCCAGGACCAGCUCGAUGAUGAGACACUCUUCCCCUCCAAGAUAGGAGUGCCCUUCCCCAAGAACUUCAUGUCGGUGGCCAAGACCAUCCUGAAGCGUCUGUUCCGGGUCUACGCCCACAUCUACCACCAGCACUUUGACUCGGUCAUCCAGCUCCAGGAGGAGGCCCAUCUCAACACCUCGUUCAAGCACUUUAUCUUCUUCGUCCAGGAGUUCAAUCUGAUUGAUAGAAAGGAACUGGCUCCUCUUCAGGAACUGAUCGACAAGCUCACAUCCAAGGACCGAUAAAAUGACCUCACAGAUCUCUCUCGACUCCACAAGCUCAUCAUCAUCUUUUCAUGAUUUCUAUCGUCUGCUGGCAAACUGUCCACCAUGGUUCUGCCCCCAACCAUCUAACCUCAUAAUCAUGUAGUAACACGUCAGCCAGAACGACAGAGGGAGGGCUAACCUUUUUAACAUGGACCUCGCGUUUGCUUCACUCUUUUUGUUUUGUCUGUCUAGUUUCCUGUCCUCUUCUACUGGACCCUACAUAGGAAAAAAAAAAAAAAAAGAGUAGUUUCAUUUUUGUGCCCUCCCAUCGGUAUGCUUUCAAACAUACAGUAUACUACAAGUGCCUAAUAGUAUCUGUCAGAACAUUGUAAUAGCUUUGCGUGAAAUCACCACAGGCUGGUGGUGAACGCAACCAGAAUUCUACUGCAACUACUUUACAGGAACAACACACGCCUGCUUGACAUGUUUCAGGAAGUGAUAGACUGUCCAGCGCACCAUGCAAAGUUCACAGAACUUCAGAAAGGAGAAAAAGCUCUCUUGGAAGCUUCACUACAGCGAAAAAAGCGACUAAUUACAGACACGAUGUCAUUACAUUAGGAGAGCACAGCUUAAAGACCCAUCGUUAUCGCCCUCCGCUGCUUGGUGGCAGUGCGUUAUUUCUGCUUCCUCGCGCUUGCCUGCAUCUGCCUGACAUCACUUUUAUCAUAAAGCAAAAUUCAUGGAUAUAUAUGAAUGUAGAGAGGAAAUGGUUAUUGCAAACCAACACGCCUUGCUCAAUAAAGUUUUUGUUUGGAAGGUGGCGGUGGAACACAACAAGCUUACUAUGCAAUAUGUUUUUGUACUUCUUUUGCUGCCGUCUUUGAUAGCACAGUGUCUUUCAAAUUUUAGACGGUGUUUUGGUAACUCCAAAAUAGGCCUCUUAGAUUUGUCUAAUGGCGACAGGCACGGUGGGAGGGGGUACUGUAGUGUGGUUUUAGUCCGCUGCUGCUGUAGUUACACUUACAGUUCAUUUUUGAGAAAUAAGACAACCUUUUUUUAUGGUCUAAUUGACCAGAGAUUUUGAUCUGCACACACAAAGCUGUUUUGGUAACCACCGGACAGAUGUGCUUGAUUGGCUUUGAAAAGCAAAACGAGACACACCAUUUUUUUUAUCACAUUUCUGUAUAUAUCUUAUAUAUGAACAUGUGCAUAAAGAAGGUAUAUUUGAUGAAGUUUAGAAGUUUUAAAAGUCUAAAAUUUGGUUAUAUUUGCUUGGUAUUUUCAAUGUUUUUUUUUUUUUUUUUGUUGUUUGCACUUUGAAUUAGUAUUUUAAGAGGUGAAAUGUACAGCUACCUCCUCCAUCAAGAAAAUAUAUUUGAUCAAUUCUUCUGUUUGUUCCUCAAACCUCUUCCUCCCCCCCCUUACCAUGUUUUAGAGGCUGAUAGGUUUCAUAUGUUUCUUCCAUUCGGUUUCUUUCCCCAUGAAUGUUAUCGCUUUAAUGAAUGUGAUACAGUUUAAGAGUAAAAAGUAUGAAAAAAAUAAAUUAAAACUUUUAUGUCAGAGCAUCCUGAAAAUUGUUUUGAAACCUCUUGAUACAUUUUUUUAUAAAGUUGUAAACAAUGUACACAAAUGGUAUGCAGUGGAAUUUUAAAAUACGGGACUUUGUGGUACCUUAUUGAAUGCUGUUUAUAAGAUAAUAAAAUUAUUUGUUUGUAGAUUUCACUAAAA